GACAGGGGGGCUUCCCGACAAAGGAGCAGAGCGAUCGCAGCUCUGACCACUGGGCCCUUUUGUGCUUCCCGCUUUUGCGGCGAGGUGCAAAGUAUGCAGUACGUCAGCACUCGAGGAGCUGCCGGGGGCCUUGAUUUUGAAGGAGCUCUUUUUUCUGGCUAUGCUGUGGACGGUGGCCUUUUUAUGCCUGAGACUGUCCCUGUCCUGGACUGCCUCACACUCCAGAAAUGGAGCACCUUCUCCUACCCAGACCUGGUGAAACAAUUGUGCUCCAUCUUCAUUUCGGAUGAACUCAUUUCAAAAGUGGAGUUAAAUGACUUGAUUGAUCGAGCAUUCAGCAGGUUCAGACACAAAGAUGUUGUUCAUCUGUCAAGACUGAAGAACGGCUUGAACGUUUUGGAGCUGUGGCAUGGUGUGACCUAUGCCUUUAAGGAUCUAUCUUUGUCCUGCACAGGGCAGUUCCUACAAUACUUUCUGAAGAAGAGGAAGAGGCAUGUCACAAUUCUUGUGGGAACGUCCGGGGACACUGGCAGCUCAGCAAUUGAAAGUGUCAGAGGUGAAAAGAAUAUGGACAUAUUUGUUCUGCUGCCUUCUGGUCUCUGCAGCCAAGUACAAGAACUGCAGAUGACUACAGUAAUUGAAGAGAAUGUCCACGUGUUUCUCGCUGAUGGAAACAAUGAUGAAAUUGAUCAGCCACUCAAAGAAUUGUUUGCGGAUGAGGAUUUUGCCAGAAGACACAAUCUGAUAAGCCUGAAUUCGAUCAACUGGUCUAGAAUUGUGGUGCAGAUUGCUCAUUAUUUCUACGCCUACUUCCAGUGUGCCCCAUCAGUAGAUAAAGCUCCACUGCCGGCUGUGGAAAUUGUUGUUCCAACCGGGGGAGGAGGAAAUCUCACAGCUGGAUGUAUUGCAAAAAAAAUGGGUCUCCCCAUUGAACUCGUGGCUGUGGUUAACAGCAAUGACGUCGUCCACAGAAUUGUUCAGCAUGGCGAUUUCUCCGUAUCUGGGAGCGGAAGAGCCACUCUGGCUUCAGCCAUGGACAUCCAGGAACCUUACAAUAUAGAGAGGAUCUUUUGGCUGCUGUCUGGUUCAGACAGCAAUUUGGUGAAAAGUUUGAUGGAAGAAUUUUAUACUACUAAAAAAGUCAAACUUCCAGACCAGUUGCAAAAGGAGCUUUCUGAAGUGCUGACAACUUCCUCAAUUUCGGAUGAAGAAAUCCUUCAGACCAUGAAGGACUGCUGGGAGGAGAACCAGUACCUCUUAUGUCCACAUUCAGCCGUGGCUGUCAGCUACCAUUACAAGCACUCCAGCUGCCAUCCCAGCAAGCCCAGAUGCUGCUUGGCUCCAGCUUCCGCCGUCAAGUUCAAGGAUGUGGUUCUUAAAGCUCACCUCACCCCUGAAGUCUCGCCUGAAAUAAAUGCCCUGAACGACAUGGCAACCAGGUCCCGGACCCUGAGCCGAGGAGAAGACUGGGCAGAAUUACUGAGGCAGCAAAUAGAGGCCGUCACCAAAGAGAGGUCUCUCGUCUUCAACUGAAUGUUUGCAGGGAUGGUCCAGGCUUCUGACGACUCAAAGCCCCUUCGUCCUGUGCAGGACACAAGCACCCCUGGCAGGCUGGUUUAGGGUGCUCCUCUCUGGCUCAUAAAUCAAGAAUUAACUGCUGAGUAGAAUUAUUAGUCACAGGAAAGUUUGUGUAGACCAUUGUUUAAAGAUGAAGUGCAAUGUAAAUCUUUGAUCCUAAAGAGAAGCAAGUCUGUAACAACAUAGAGAAUGAAUUAUUUUAGAAGUAUGCUUUUAUACUUCAUUGUUGUUACCUGACUGAGGUUCAUCUGUCUGACAAAGUGAAUUUCAGCCAACCAAAUGCUUCAGUUUUUGUGCAUUAUGGCGCGAUUUGGCCAGAAUUCACAUUUAAAGUUCCAUUGAUUUCAGCGGAAAAAGUCCUGCUCUUUUAGUUAAAAACCACUCAUGGUGGUUUACAAGAGAAAAAUUAAAUAGUAGCAUAGAGUCAAUAAAAGAACUAUGAAAUCAGAUACUAACCCCCAAACAUGCUUAUGCAAGCCAGACCAUAACAGUAGUUGAGCCCAUCCAAAUCUUAACUUACAACGUUGGUUGCUGUGUUGGCCUGCAGCAGGUUCCGAUCCAGUUGCACCUUAAAGAUCAACAAGAUUUCCAGGGUACAGGCUUUCAAGAGUCUAUCUCGUAAAACAUUAGAACUAUGAAACAAUACAGAAAUUAGAUCAACUGCGUUUUUGAAAAUCCCAGUCAACUUUGAGGAGGUGGUUUGCAUAGCCCCUCCUCCAAGCCCUCUGGCAAAGAAUGGCCUGGAGCCGUCUCCAGAGGGCCAUCCGGGGGUGGGCAUUUCAGUUCUGCAGGAGGGGGAAGCGCCAGAGCUCCGGGGCAGCCGUCGGUCACUGUUGGCACUUUCCAAACGGUUUUUCAAGUCAGCCACAUGUCAGGCACUCGGCACUGUUACUGUAUAACUCGGUGCAAAUGCAACGGUGAAAGAGAAAAGCGACUUCUCUGCCCGCUCACUGAGCCCAGCGCCUUGGAGGGAUGGGCCCCGGAGCUCACCCUUCUCAAGAGGGAAGGGCCCGUGUGCCAGCGAUCCCGUGACCUCAUGCCACCCCUUGACCAGGGUGGCCGCACGGCUGCCAGCCAUGCUGGAAGGAAAAUCCCCCAGGUGGUUCUGGACAGCUUUGGACCCAAACUUGUCCAAGGGGAGACCACUUUAACGGGCCCUCCAAUGAGUGGGGCUUUCAAGGCAUUAUUGAUGGAUAUGGUUGGGGUAUAAAGACACCCGGCGGCACCCUAAAAUAUCUAUUCAGGAGACCAUCAUAGAUUGUAAAACAGCUAAAAGGGUUAAAGUCCCCUUGUUAAAAGCCAGGGUAGAAAGAAAUGUUUUGGCCAGGCACUUUAAAACAGCUUUUUAAAUGGCUUGUUUUUUAUUCUGUGUUUUUAAUUUUUAAGCUGUCUUGAGCAGGACUCUGAUGAGGCGGCCUAGAAAGGUUCUAAAUGAAUAAAACGAUCAUGACAACGGGCAGCGGGGGAGGGCGCCCCAAGGGCAAGCAUCCUGUUCCGCACACGAGGCAGCCAGCUCUUCUGGAGGGCCAACAGCAGGGCAUAGAGGCCGAGGGCUUCCCUGGUGUUGCCUCUUGGCGCUGGGAUUCAGAGUUCCGCUGCCUCUGCAUGUGGAGGCGUUCGUCAGUCACCCUGGCUAGCACCCAUGGAUGGACUUGCAUGGUUGUUCCUCCCACCCUUGUCUUUGCAAAGCUCUCACAAGGCUGUGUCCUGAAGGCACCGUUGCUUAGGUAAAAUACCCAGCUCGGCAUCUAAACAGAUAGGAAUCUUUCUGGGUGAUCUUGGAUGGCAGUACCCAGCUGUCUGAAUGCUCCAAGGAGUGCACUAAAAUGUCGUCAGAGCCUCCAGAACUCCUCAUUCCCUUGGCCCUAAGACAAUGUGGCUGCCAAGGUGCAAAUUCAUAAAGCAGGCUCAUAGCCAGAGCCCUCAACUCCUUCCCCACCGUAAAGUCUUCCAGGCAACUCCAGGCAACUACACUUGGGUAGGGCAACCAGCUCAUCCCUGAACAUUUGAGGAGUCGUGAGUCAUGCAGCCUAACUUGUGUUCUGCACCUUAACAAAUCUUUUAGCAGGUGCCACCUGGCAAAGGGGCAAAACCAACAGCCACGUUCGUUCUCUCUCUCUCUCUCUCUCUCUCUCUCUCUCUCUCUCUCUCUCUCUCAUAUCUUGCGAAAUGGCCUCUCUGAGGCCCAUGUCAGGGAAGCUCUCCUGGCUUUCACAGCCUGUGCAAAACGGGGUUCUUUGGAAGGGUAAGGCAAGGUGACGCUUUGAUAAAGGGACAGGGAACGUAGACUCUGCUGCUGCCCACUGCCUGUUACUCUGAGGAUGACCAUAGUGGGUCAUUUCCACAUCAUUUAAUACAGAACGUCAAAUCGCUCAUGUUUGCUUCACCUCUGCAAUAGAUUCUGCUUGCUUUGGGAUUUCUGCCCGCCUUAUCCCAGCAUGUUGCUUAUUGAAUGCCCUGCUGUUGAUCGUGUUGACCCACCCUGUGUGAUCUGCCUCCAGUCUCGGUGAGAAAAGUGAACUAUAAAUAAUGUAAAUGAAUAAAUAAAUAAAUACCUUCAGAAUAGAACAUUUGAACUGUCCUCUGACAGCCCAGGCACGGACCUUACCCCGAUCUGAGUUUAACCCAAAUUUCACCACUGGAAACUCCAGUUCUGAAGCUCUGAUCCAACCCUUCCAAGGAUUCUAACUGGGCACUAAAUGGGACCCAUCCAGGUGCUUCUCCUGUGCGCGCCAAAGUAAGUCUCGGUCGGUAAAGAGGGAGCCCCGGGCCACCCCCUUUUUGCAGCGGGCUCCGCUCUCAGCCGUUUUCCGUGGCUGGGAUUGCAGGAGGCCCCCCCAGCUGGCUCUGCUCCGGAACCCUCUUGCAGCGCCACCACCCUAACAGCCCUUGAGGCUUCUCUUCAGGCCAGCCAGCCUAGAGUUCCUUUUGUGCCCCCCCACCCCCACCCCGGGAUCUCGACUUCCCCUUUGUGGGUCCGGGAUGGUAUGCCCCGUUGUCAGCUGGUCUCCUCAUAGCCUUGUUCGUUUAUAGUCCACCUUCCUCACUGAGGCUUAAGACCGAUUACACAGCGGAAAUUCAUGCAAUCAGCAGCUGGAACACUUAAUAAUACAAUAUAGUAUGGAUAGCUGAAAUUCAAACAGAAACACAAACCUGAGUACAGAGCCAAAAACAGUACUGGGAAAAAAAACAUAAGCGAUCUGACAUGACAUAUUAAAUGACACGAAAACUACCCAGUAGGAGCAUGCCUACAUCAACAGACACUGCGGCAUAGUCUACAGUCCCCUUACGCAAUACGACUAUAAGGACUGGCAAUAUUGCAACAGCAGCUUUGACGUAUGAUUUAAAGGACUGAAAAUAUUGUAGCAGCGGCUUGGACUUAUCACUUAGGAUACGUUUGCCUAUUGGAUUCCUUAUAUGACUGUAAUUUACUACUGAUACUUUACUUUGGAUUGUAUAUCAUAUUGAAUAAUUAAGAGCACUUUCAUAUUUUUUCAGUGUUUCAUUGGAUAUUAGUUAAUUGCAGUACAUUUAUAUCCCUCACAUGCAGUUUAUACUGCUUAUAAUUAUGGGGAUCCCAGCAAGGGGCUUUCGAGGCAAAUGAGAAGCAGAGGCGGUUUGGCCGUGACCUUCCUCUGCAGAGCCUUCCUUGGCGGCCCCCCAUCCAAGCACUGACCCUGCUGAGCUGCCGAGAUCUGAUGAGGCCAGGCGAUGUUAUGCCUUCCCUCCUUUUCGGUCACCGCAGGUGGGCUGAAGGUCACUCGACUGGGCCCUGUCACUCUCCAAGAAAUUAAGAGGGCCUCUCUUGCUCUUGCCUAGUGCUGCUGGGAUCACGUUCCGAUACAUCCGUUCAAAGAUUCCGCUGCAGCUUCUCUCCGCUUUCUCUUUCAUGUAAAGGAAAAGGAGGCAUGCAUGCGCACAGACAGACAGACAGACGCACUCAUCUUUGCUCUUGGUGGCAAAAUGAGAGCUCUCAGGUCAACCUCACAGCCUCCUCCUUCUCCUUCACAUCUAGGGUUGCCAACGAUCUGGAGGGGGGGGGGAUCCUGUCCCUUUAAUAGAGGCUGAAUGGAAUUCCCUGUGCCAUGCAAAGUUUCAGCGGCUCAUUUUCACACACUGAAUCUCUGUUAAAAGGACAGGACAUUCCCCAACCCCCGGCCCAGGCCCGAUGGCAAACCCUUGCUCUAGACAGGAAAGGAGGGGUGGCAAUGAUUUGCUUUAUGAAAAUAGAAGAAGAAACAUGUCCGCACCCCAGCACUGUAGACUGGCUCGGAAACGCUGUCAUGCGACUGAACCACCGUUUUGUGUUGAGUAGCUCCCGACCUCUUGGAAAAAAAACACCUCAGUUGCUCCCAGCAAGAGAAGUUCAGUCCUCCUUUGGUAGAAGUAGGUAGAUUGCAUCAUCACCAAUUACUGCUACUGAGGGUGGUCAGUGCUCAUUUUGAAUAUUUGGAGUUUUGCGUAGAAAUAUUAUUAUAAAUUCUACCUCCUGCAUUUCAUGGCAUCUUAACCCCACUGUUCAGACCCCCCACUUUUCCUUUUGUUCUGUAUACAUAUUUCUUCAGCCUGAAGUUUAAUUACAUGCAUCUUACAAUGUGUGCUCCAGUCCGUAAAAGCUGAUUCCUCAAUAAACAAACAAAAGGUGACCCAA